ACAAAAUGAUUAUUUAUUUGCAUUUAAUAUUCAUAUUUUAUUUAUUACUAAAUUCCAUAAUUACAAUACAGACACAUGCUGCUCAAUGUCCUGCUAAUGAAUUAUACUAUACUGAUCCCUCACCUAUGUGUGAUGUUAAUUGUCAGAAUUUACAACGUCGUUGUCCUUUAACAUCAAUACGUCCAGUAGCUGGUUGUUAUUGUCGACCAAAUUAUGCUCGUAACUUGCAACAAAAAUGCAUACCGCGUCAGCUGUUUAGAGAUUGUGAUAGUAAUGAAAUACCGAUUUCGCCUUCUAUGAUUGGUUGUGAAGAGAUGUGUACCGAUUUUCGUUUAUCUGUUUGUUAUCGUAUCACGGAAAGACGUUGCAUUUGUGCUGCACUAUUUUGUCGCAAUCAACGUGGUCAAUGUGUGCGAAAUAUUCAAAGAAUUUUUUAA